AUGGCUUCCGACUGGCUUCUUCAUCCUGGGACCAGCAGAUGGGUUCGGUCCAUCUACAACCAUUCUGGGGAGUUUCUUUACGAAUGGGACUACCCAGGUGGCGCGUUAACUCCUACGGCAGCGGGUCAAGGUUCAAGAAGCGUCGUGCCGCGCCAACGCAGCACCUCCGGGUCCGCGUUCCCCAAGCCCGAAGACGCAUACAGACAUCAGGCCCCAUUUUCCCCAGGGCUAGACCGCCAUGCAAGUCCCCUAGAACAUGCACAGCGGCAGGACCCGCUCGAAUACGGCCAAACGUAUACCAAUGAUCGAAUUGAUUUCAAUGACGGGUCUCCACUCGCCGGAUACCAGCAGCUCACCAAUCAUCGUGUGGAUGAUGGCGUAUACCCAGGUGGAGGAACAGUAACAAAUGACAAGGCAAGCAGUCCGCCUGAAUGGAGCCCGGGAAUGCGGUACGAGGUAGCCAGAGGUACAACCGGUCGCAGAACGGGGCGUGCAAGUAUAUCCGACCGUAGCGAAGCCACCAGCUCAUCAACAAGUGAUAUGUCCAUUCCGCGAGUCCACGUUGACGAUCUACAAGGAUUGAGUCUCGGGGAUCAUCCAGCCUCGCAUAUGGUGCUGCCCUAUGGGGCCAGCAGUCACAGUCACCGCAAGGACCCCAUUAUGGGGGAUGUCCAACGAAAGUAUGACAGGGAGGUGCAAAAGUCAUUGGAACCAGCAUACGUGAUCCCCGGCAGUAACGGCGAACGUGAGACGCUGGAUCCUCGCUACAAGAGGCAGAGCGAUCCUCGGAGGUUUUUCCGAGUUGGCAGGGUCUUUUCGAUGCUCUGGCAUGAGAAUGCAGGCUGGCAUGGAACUGUACACAGCGAGAAAGUUUCUCCCCCAUCGUCAAGCCCUUUCACCAGAGGCAAGUAUCAAGAGCCCAUAUACAGUAGCAUCCGGCGCAUGGUAGUGGUCAAAGAGCAGAGGGGCUGUUGCUGGUGUGUACCCAUCACUACCUAUAGUGGGAAGGGCGUGGCCAAAGCCGGAAUCGACCGUAGCAAACAUGCGGUCAUUCAUAUGCGAGGUGAUAGACCUCGAACUGUGGAGUCCGAACCCCGGAUGGCCAAAGAUCCCCUGGAGGUUGAUCCUGCCAGGCCUGAUCAGAAGCUGGAUUGCAUGUCCCGAGUGAACUUUGGCAAGGUUUAUACCGUCGAGCACAAUGUCAAGGUUCUGCCCGUGGGCAAGAUCACGGAAGAAUCUAGGGCGAGAUUCCUAGAAUACGCUCAGGGUGAGUUUGUCAGAUAG